AUGGCUUGCUCAUCGUGCUUCUACAUGUUCAUACACUUUCUUUUCUUAUACUUGUCGUCUCAGCCUAUUGGCGUGCACAAUCUCUAUCUUUCUAUGAAACCUCUGUGUCUCGAGGACGAAAAGUCUGCAUUGCUGCAAUUUAAAGAGAGAUAUGACAUCGCCAAGACUCUAUCUUGGAAAAUUAGUCAGGAUUGCUGUUCCUGGGAGGGGAUCGAGUGUGAUGAGAACACGGGCCAUGUAAUUGUUCUCAAUCUGGGAAGUAGUUCUCUUUAUGGUUCUAUCGACAACAACAGUACCCUCUUCCAGCUUACUCAUCUUGAAAAGCUCAUUCUCAGUGACAAUCAUUUCUACUCUCAAAUACCGUCCCGAGUUGGAGAUCUCUCGAGAUUGACUCAUCUUGACCUCUCUGCUUCCGUUUAUUCUGGCCAAGUCCCCACAGAAAUCUUCAAGCUGACGAGGUUGGUGUAUCUCAACUUGUGUUGCAAUCCAUCUUUAUACGAUCCAUAUCAUUAUAAUUUUAUAAAUUUGUUGGAGAUGAAAGCACUAGGCCUGAGAAGCCUAGUUCAAAAUAUGACUAGUCUGGAAGAACUUCACCUUGGUUUCGUCAACAUGUCAUCCCAAGUGCCAAACACUCUAGCGAAUCUGUCAUCACUGAGAAGCCUGGACAUGGAUUGGUGCGACCUGCACGGUGAAUUUCCAUCUGCCAUUUUUCAUUUACCGAAGCUGCGAUAUCUUGGGGUGGGUGACAACAGUGCUCUCACAGGCCGAUUACCAAACUUUAACUCAAGCAGUCCUCUUGAAGAGCUGCGACUGCAGGCCACGAGCUUUUCUGGGGAGCUACCCUCUUCAAUUGGAAUCCUUCCUUCCUUGAGCUAUCUCGACGUAACCCAAUGCAAAUUCUCAGGAUCCAUCCCGGCUUCACUUGCUAAUCUUAGCAACCUCAAAGACCUGUCUGUCUCAGCGAACCCAUUCACUACCCUGUCCAUUUCCUCUAUUUCUUGGGUUUGGAAGAAGAAGAAGCUCACAAAUUUGGCACUUGAAAUGAUCAAUUUAUAUGGUGAGAUUCCACCUUCAAUUGGAAACUUGUCUCAGCUUCAUAAGUUAUCCUUAAAUGACAACCAAUUAAGCAGUGCCAUCCCAUCUCAGCUCAUGAACCUCACUCAACUAACUAUUUUGGACCUCGGAAGGAAUCAGCUAUCGGGCUCUAUACCGUCUUGGCUUAUGAACAUGACUCAACUGGUCGAGCUUGACCUUGCAGUCAAUAAAUUCCAAGGUGAGAUACCUUCAUCAAUCUCUCAACUUCAAAAUCUCAUGUUCCUCCGCCUUUUCGAAAACAACUUCAAUGGUACUAUUGAGCUAGACAACUUUCACAAGUACAGACAAUUGCAAGUGCUGCAACUAUCAUAUAACAGGCUAUCAGGCUGCACGAGUAGUGCAAAUCUUAUUCUUCCUCGACUUUUAGCCUUAGGACUCGCUUCAUGCAAAUCUUAUUCUUCCUCGACUUUUAGCCUUAGGACUCGCUUCAUGCAAUUUAAGCGAGUUUCCAGCAUUCUUACAAAACCAAGAGGAUAUUGA